CGCAAAUAGCAGGAGAGGAUCCCCGCGCCGUACCACUACCCACGAGACGAAAGGCGUUUUUGUCUCACUCGCUCGUGGCUUUCGGAGAGGUGAAAACCCGAAACCGAAAUCCUCGACUCCAUCAAAGUGAGAGCAACGCUGUGCGCGUGGGUGGCCUUUUACCCUAUGAUAUGAUGAUGAUAUGAAAUCAUGCAAAAUGAAUAGCUCGAAAAGAGAAGACACCAACCCCUCGUAGGACUCAAAUCGAUUCAUUAGCUCAGUUUUCAUGGCUUGCUUUCUGAUCCGCGUCUGCAAUAUAUUCGUACCCUAUCUCACAUUCAUGUCCAUUAUUAUUUUUUAUUACUUGUACGCCACUUUUGCCUCUGACUCUCUCCCUUCGCUUCGAGUUAUCUGCUUCAUGAAUUUCGUUUCUUGCAUUUAUUCUCUCUCUUUUGGACUUUAAGCCCCUUUUUUGUCAAAAAAUAUAUCAUUUAAAUAUAGGGUUUUCCCCCCCUUCUUUUUCUUUUUCGAGCAUUAUGAGCAAACCAGAAGAAAGGCUUUCAGGCAUGGACUCGGUGUUCUCAGGUUGUGCACUUGAUCCUGUAAAAUGUAGCCGGCUAAGCUUGGGAGAGAAAAGAGAGCUGGUCCAUGAGAUUGCCCGAUGGUCAAAAGAUGCCCCGGAGUUUCUUCGUUCUUUUACUCGUUCAGAGCUUCUUGAAAUCAUCUGUGCUGAAAUGGGGAAAGAGAGAAAGUACACAGGAUAUACAAAAUCUCAAAUGAUAGAACACCUUCUAAAGUUAGUGCUUCAGGAUUCCGAGGGGCACAAUUCUUUUUCCUUUUCUCCAUCUAAUAUUAAAUUUAAAAGGAAAAGGAACAUAGGCCCACCUCAACUAUUGACUGACCUAAAUCAUGCCCUUCUGGAAAACAAUGAAGAACAUAUUAAAACUCUGCUGUGUCAGAAUAUUGCAUGCAGAGCUACUUUAACUUUGGAGGAUGCUUUUUGCAAAAGAUGUUCUUGCUGUAUUUGUCAUUGUUACGAUGAUAACAAGGAUCCCAGUCUCUGGUUGACCUGUGAUAAUGAUUUGUGUGGAUUGUCUUGCCAUCUGGAAUGUGCUUUGAAGCAUGAAAGAGCUGGUAUUUUGAAGAAUGGGUGCUGUGAAAAGUUGGAUGGAAGCUUCUAUUGCAUUUCCUGUGGAAAAAUCAAUGGGAUAAUGAGAACCUGGAGAAAACAAUUAAUUGUUGCCAAGGAGGCUAGAAGAGUGGAUGUACUGUGUCUACGAUUAUCUCUGGCUCAUAAGAUUCUCAUGGGAACGGCAUUAUACAAAGAAGUGCAGAGGAUAGUGGAAACUGCAGUGAAAAUACUGAAUGAUGAAGUGGGGCCUCUAGAUCAGGUAUGCACUAGUAUGGUACGCUGCAUUGUCAACAGACUCUCCUGCGGUGCUGAGGUCCAGAAGUUAUGUGCUUCUGCAGUGCUAUCUUUUGAUUCGCUGGUUUGCCCCAAUUAUAUGGAAAAGAAAGAUCCAUUUGCAGUUUGUCAUAUCCGGUUUGAAGAGUCCACCCCUACAUCAGUGAUUGUUGUGCUAGAAUAUGAAGACCAUCUGUUAAAAAACAACCCAGGCUGCAGACUGUGGCAUCGGGAGUCUGUCAUUAAGGACUAUCCAGAGCAACCCACUUUCAUUGUAUUCAGGCCAGAAAAGAGAUUCAAGAUAUGUCACCUCCAUCCUUCAACAGAGUAUCUCUGCAAAGUUUCUCUGUUUAGCAGCAUUGGGGUCUUGGGUGUUUCAGAAGCUAAAUGGGAGACACCUGCUCCAGGUGGGAGCUCUUUUACAGCUUUAGAACAUGGAAAAGCAGAACAUAGAAUUAUAGCUCAAAAUCAUCCUCAGGCGGAGUCAACCAAGUCUAGUAACGUUAAAUCAGCAUCCCCUGCAAAGCUUCAACCGUUGGUUGAGAUUAACAAGAGCAAGAGUGAAGGGUUUUACUCUCCACCUCCUUUCAUUGAAGCCGUAUCUCCUUCAACGCCUUGUAAAUGCAGUGGAAUGCGAGCAGUUCCAGAUAUGGGUUGUAAAAAGCGACCACAGGUUAGUGAUUAUGAACAUUCUGUGCAAGUGGUCAGAGGGUUAGAGCAUGAAGGGCACAUAGAUGAAGAUUUUAGAGUAAAAUUUCUCACUUGGUUCAGCCUCAAAGCUACGGAGCAAGAGAGAAGGGUGGUUAAUGUUUUUGUGGAUGCUUUGCUUGAUGACCCUCCUAGCUUAGCUGGACAGCUUAUGGAUACCUUCAUGGACAAGAUAUGCUGCGAACAAAAACCUGUUUCUAGGCAUGGUUUUUGCUUUAGUUUGUGGCAUUAAAUGCUGAAUUAGGGAUCUUGACUACAUGAAAUUUUAGGAGGAACCGAGACAGGGUAGGCUUUUGCCGGUAAAACAGGAAAAUAUAUUUAAAUACAUUUUCAAGCCAGAAAAACGUGAAGCUCCUUGAUUUAUAAUUCUAUAUUUCUCAGUCAUAGUAGUUGAUAUUUGGGCAUUACAGCCACAGGUUAAAAAAUAAAUUGUGUACAUAUAGAA